UGACGUUAUUGCUGGCGUACGACUGCAGCGUAAUUGGGUUUAUGCUAAAUGAAUGCACAUCCAAUGGGCAAACAGUCCAAGUGGAUAUUAUGAGCAGCCAGGGAGAUAUCAAACCCACUAAAUCACUCUUAUAAUUCAAUGCGACAUUAAGCCGACACCGAGUUGUUGACUUGCUCGCCUUUUUAAUAACACUUUGGAUUCACGAUCCAAAAGUUCUGGUUGACCUAACAGUGCUUCACUUCAGAAGACUCUGCUCAUUGAAACAGUGCAGGGCACAACGAUGCGGCUCGCCAGGACCCUCCUCGCACUGGCACUUCUUUGCUCACCGGUUUCCAGCCUCUGCUUACCGACGUACGACCCCGUGUCCAACUUUCUUUGCAACAGUGAAGUGUUCUCCGAGACAAAUGAUAACGGACAACCAGCAAAUUCCCUGCUGGACAGUCUAAACCUCCUGUACAAAUCGGCACACGCGUUUUCCUCCGAGGAGCCGCGCGAGAGGAGGACGAUACCCGCGUCCAAAUACAGAUACUUGAGCCAGACGCAGCUCAGGAGUAAACUGUACCGUAACAGUGCGAAGAGUGACCGACGCAGCCAGGUCACUCUAUCCCUCGAUGUCCCCACCAACAUUAUGAACAUCCUCUUCAACAUUGCCAAAGCCAAGAACCUGCGCGCAAAGGCGGACGACAACGCGCGCUUGCUGGCGCAGAUUGGAAAGAGAAAGUGAACUCUUAUGUCACUAAUUUGACUUUAACCUUUAUCUUUUCUUUUUUUUUCCCUUUUUUUAAACAACUGAGGCAUGUCAUCUCAAAUGUAAUAAUGUAAUAAAAGUUGUUGUUUUUUUCCAGUUGCAUAAUAAAUUAGCAAUACGUAUUAACAGGUUACAAAUGGGUUUUGAUUACUGUCAAACAAUUAAUCGUGAUUAAUCACAUCCAAAAUAAAAGUUUC